AUGACGUCCGUAUCCUCCAGAGGGACGCCUCACUCGCCCCUCGACUUCGAGACCGCCGCCGACACGGACGACACAUGGCAACACCUCGACAUGAAUUCAUACGCGUCCUCGGUUGGCAUCGUCCACAGCCCGGCCAGCGGUAGCCUCAAUGGUUACGCCGUCGUCGGCCAUUUCGCCGGCUCGGACCAUGCGGGCCUGUCUCCGCUAAACCUCGAUCAACUUGACCAAGCCGCCUACUCCGCCCCGGGAUUCCCUGAUCAGACGGAGGCCUUCGCUCCCGCUCAAUCGGCGGAUGGCCAAUUUGUUGCCGGCGGGCAGAAUCCCGACAUUCUGACGCCUCAACAGUAUCUCUUUUCACAGCAGGAUCUGAAUGAGAUGACAUCGUCCAUCAUCAACUCACUUCAGAGCAACACUGCACCUCUUACAGGCUUGGAGACGUUCAGUCAACAGCAAGAUAUUGAUCUCGAGCUGGACUUUUCACAGUCCUUUCAGCCCAAUGCCAAUCCGGCCCCUUGGAACCCUGCCAAUCUUAAAGUCGACAAUGGCAGCUCCGUGUUCGUCACGGAUGACCUCUCGUCAUCACAGGGCUCUGCCUUUGCCAGCCCAAAUCAUUCAAGCCCGACCUCGCCUGACAUCAAGCCAGAAGGUGACAAGUCUUCGUCAUCGAGCCCGAUCCGCAAAGUUAUAACCGGCAAGGUCGAGAAGAAGAAGGCAUCGGAGCCGUCUAGCAAGUUUGUCAUCAUGACGCCCAAUUCCAUCACCGCACGCGCCGGGCAGGCGAACCUCUAUGACUGUUUCGACACCAUGCGAACAAACCCCCGCGGUCGCAAGGGACCUCUCGCCGAUGCCACAAAGCAGAACGCUCUUCAGGUCCGUCGCCUUGGGGCCUGCUUCUGUUGUCACAGCCGCAAGGUCAAGUGCGACAAGGAGAGGCCUUGCAAGAACUGCAAGAAGCUCGCGGCCCAGGUGCCGCAGGUCAUUUGUUGGCAGUUCUCUGACUUUCUGACCGUGUUGUUCCCCGAGUUUACGCGAGCGCACUUUCGCAAGGAUCAGAUGUCAAAGUUCAUGAAGGAGAACGUCCAGCUCGAUGGAAUGGAGGAGCUUGCACCAAGGGAGGUUGAGCUCUUCUCCGGCCUUACGCCGACGCUCAAAGUCCGGGCCAAGUUCUUCACACCCAUCACCGACGACGUCCAACAGCACUACCAUCUACAUGUGGGCAAGGACAGGGUUGACCUGCAGGCAAGAGGAACUGCGCCGAUGGUAUUGGAACUAGAUUCUGCCGCUCAGAGAGACGCAUUGAGGAAGAAGGCCAAGGAGUACAUUGCUGCCAUUUCUUCUGAGCCUGGGUACGCACAGCGGGUGACCGAAUCGAUUCGACAUACCGAUCUGCCAAAGAAGAUUUUGGACGUGGUGCAAAACUAUGCCAGCAAGUCUGAGUCAUCAAUCGUCAAGAAGGCUCUCGCGAUAUAUAGCGCCCACUUCAUCAUGACGCGACACCUCUGCAUCACCAGGCCAAGCGUCAUGAGCCUCCAAGACUCCGGCCUUGUACCACAGGCGGUGCCAUGGGUUACGCCUCGCGUCGUGAACAGACAGAUCAAGGCCGUUAUUGACGAUCUGCUGCUGCGCGACAUGCAACAACUCUUCGAAAACUUCUCCAAAUCCCUCAAGCCCAAAUCACGACGAGAGUGGGCGCCAUGCACCGCUGCUUUCCUGGUUCUCUGCUUGUUCAUGGAGUCUGUUGAGACGGCUGCCGACACCUUCGUGGUUGCGCUCAACGAGAUCAGUCUGCGCAACCACACGACGCCAGAAUACAAGCGAGAGGACGCUCUCAAUAUCAACAAGGAAGUCGAGAACAUGCCGUUCAAGCAGUUUGCAUACCAGUUCCAUCAAAUCUACCAGACGCACAGCCGGGAUACGUCGACAAAACCAUUCAAUCCGUUGGUGGACGAUUCAUGGCUUCAGCAGGGCGAAAUGGACGCACCUGCGAUGGAGAUGGUCAUGCGUCUCAGGGAAUUCUUCUCGGGCGAAAAUUACAUCGAACUCGACUUUUUGACAAUGGACCCGAUCCUACCCAACGGCAACGGCGAGGCGCACCCCUUCCCCCGUGACGUGUCUGUGAACUACACCGGCCGCAUGGUAGCCAAGUUCCUCUUGUCGUUCUUGGACGAGAAGUACAUCUUUGGCGAGGGCACUUUCUGA